UAUUGCAGCCGCUUGGCACUGAAUUCCAGCGAUGGCCCCAAGCCCGAACGCGGGCCAGGACCGGCGCGACGUUGUGGCGCCACUGACCGUCGACGUCUCGCCCGCUCAGGAGGCCGCGCCCAAGCCGCGCCGGCGCCGGCGCCACCACCACCACCAUGGCAGCCUCAAGCUGCUCUUCUACCUUCUCUCGACCAUUGUCGUCGCGUCCGCCCUCAUUCUCUUCUCGGCGCUCCAGCGCAUGACGCUCGAGUCGACGCUCUACUCGCUCAUGAACACGAUGCUGACCGCUGAGUACUAUGCACCUACGGACGAUGGAGGCCUUAUCGACAUGACCAUGGCGCCGGCACGCGAGGUGGCCACGAUCGACGUCGAGCGCAUCAUCCUCGCGACGCUGUACACGCAGCUGCUCAACAAGCACUCCAAGGUGCUCAUGGAGAUUGUCAAAGGCGCGCAUGUGAUCGUCGAGAACGACCAUGGUACUUACUACGAGCUCUUUCGCAACAUCACGGCGACAACCUACACGCGCAUCUCGUCGCAUGCCUCGAUCGUGUCGCAGUACGCAGUGCCGCAAGGGCCGCUUCUCGAGACGCUCCUCACAGGCGUGACCGCCGAGAAGCACUCGUGGUUCCAAUUCGAAGGCGCCAAUUGGGACCCGAUUGACCGGCCCAUCGACAGCAUCCUCCACGUGCUCAACUACCUCGAGUACAAGGUGCGCGGAGUCCAGAUCGGACCCCUCGGCACGUCUUUACACACGGAUCGCAACCCGCUGCGCAUCCGCUUCGAAGACACGUACCAUUACCAUCGGCUCGUGACGCCGGGGGCGGCGCCGCUGCCACACCAUUAGCCAUCGAUUGCACCUUGUCGCGAAUAUAGCACUUAAUAUAUAUAUAAAGUUAGCAAACACACAGUGGAG